CAGCCGGGACCCGAGCGGGCGCGCCCUGGGGCGAGCCGGCCUGGAGAUGGCUGCGAGGCACGGGUGAGCCCCCCGCGCCCUCACCAUGCAGAAGAGCGUGCGCUACAACGAGGGGCACGCCCUGUACCUGGCCUUCCUGGCCCGCAAGGAGGGCACCAAACGCGGCUUCCUGAGCAAGAAGGCAGCCGACGCGAGUCGCUGGCACGAGAAGUGGUUCGCUCUCUACCAGAAUGUGCUCUUCUACUUCGAGGGCGAGCAGAGCGGCCGCCCGGCGGGCAUGUACCUCCUGGAGGGCUGCAGCUGCGAGCGGGCGCCCGCGCCGCCCAGGGCCGGGGUCGGGCAAGGCGGCGCCCGGGACGCGCUGGACAAGCAGUAUUACUUUACUGUUCUUUUUGGCCAUGAAGGUCAGAAACCUCUGGAGCUGCGCUGUGAAGAGGAGCAGGAUGGUAAAGAGUGGAUGGAGGCCAUUCACCAAGCCAGUUAUGCAGACAUUCUGAUUGAGAGGGAAGUGUUAAUGCAGAAGUAUAUUCAUCUAGUUCAGAUCGUAGAAACAGAAAAAAUUGCAGCUAACCAGCUCCGGCAUCAACUUGAAGAUCAAGAUACAGAAAUUGAAAGACUUAAAUCAGAGAUUAUCGCUCUUAAUAAAACCAAGGAACGAAUGCGGCCUUACCAAAGCAAUCAAGAAGAUGAGGAUCCAGACAUCAAGAAGAUUAAAAAGGUUCAGAGCUUCAUGAGAGGAUGGUUGUGUAGAAGGAAAUGGAAGACUAUUGUGCAGGAUUACAUUUGUUCUCCUCAUGCUGAAAGUAUGAGGAAGAGAAACCAGAUUGUGUUCACCAUGGUUGAAGCCGAGUCGGAGUACGUUCACCAGCUCUAUAUCCUGGUCAAUGGCUUCCUCCGGCCCCUGAGAAUGGCGGCCAGCUCCAAGAAGCCUCCCAUCAGCCAUGAUGAUGUCAGCAGCAUUUUUCUCAACAGUGAAACGAUCAUGUUUCUUCAUGAAAUAUUUCACCAAGGACUGAAGGCAAGGAUAGCAAACUGGCCUACUCUAAUUUUAGCUGAUCUGUUCGAUAUUUUGCUCCCCAUGUUGAACAUUUAUCAAGAAUUUGUGCGUAAUCACCAGUACAGCCUCCAAGUGCUUGCCAACUGUAAGCAAAACAGAGAUUUUGACAAACUCUUGAAACAGUAUGAAGCCAACCCUGCCUGUGAGGGGAGAAUGCUGGAAACGUUCCUGACCUAUCCAAUGUUUCAGAUCCCCAGGUAUAUCAUCACACUUCAUGAACUCCUAGCUCAUACACCCCAUGAGCAUGUGGAAAGGAAAAGUCUGGAGUUUGCUAAAUCGAAACUAGAGGAACUGUCCAGGAUAAUGCACGAUGAAGUGAGUGACACUGAAAACAUAAGGAAGAACCUUGCCAUAGAAAGAAUGAUCGUAGAGGGCUGUGAUAUUUUGCUGGACACCAGCCAGACUUUCAUCCGCCAAGGUUCUCUUAUUCAAGUACCUUCUGUUGAGAGGGGGAAACUUAGUAAAGUUCGCCUGGGUUCAUUGUCUUUGAAAAAGGAAGGAGAAAGACAGUGCUUCUUAUUUACAAAACACUUUUUAAUUUGUACGAGAAGCUCAGGAGGAAAGCUCCAUCUGCUCAAGACAGGUGGGGUUCUCUCUCUAAUAGAAUGUACGUUGAUUGAGGAGCCCGAUGCGAGUGAUGAUGACUCCAAAGGUUCUGGGCAAGUGUUUGGACACCUGGAUUUUAAAAUAGUAGUGGAGCCUCCUGAUUCCGCCCCUUUCACUGUAGUCUUGUUAGCACCUUCACGCCAGGAGAAAGCUGCCUGGACGAGUGACAUAAGUCAGUGUGUGGACAAUAUACGGUGUAAUGGUUUAAUGACUAUAGUAUUUGAAGAGAAUUCCAAGGUUACUGUGCCACAUAUGAUUAAGUCUGAUGCCCGUCUUCAUAAAGAUGACACCGACAUUUGCUUCAGUAAAACACUGAACUCCUGCAAAGUGCCCCAGAUCCGCUACGCCAGCGUGGAGCGCCUCCUGGAGCGGCUGACAGACUUGCGGUUUCUCAGUAUCGAUUUCCUCAACACCUUUCUGCACACCUAUCGUAUUUUCACUACGGCAGCCGUGGUGCUGGCCAAACUUUCCGACAUAUACAAGAGGCCUUUUACCUCCAUCCCUGUCAGGUCAUUAGAGUUGUUUUUUGCCACCAGCCAGAACAAUAGAGGUGAACAUUUGGUGGAUGGCAAAUCCCCACGCUUGUGUCGCAAAUUCUCUUCCCCACCACCGCUGGCUGUGUCCAGGACGUCCUCCCCAGUGAGGGCCAGAAAGCUGUCCUUGACUUCUCCGUUGAACUCAAGGAUAGGAGCGUUGGACCUGACUACCUGCUCAGCAUCCAGCAGUCCUACCACCACCCACAGCCCUGCUGCAUCCCCACCACCGCACCCUGGCAAAAUACCGUUGGAUCUUAGCAGAGGCCUUCCUUCUCCAGAACAAAGCCCGGGAUCUAUAGAGGAGCCUGUAGAUAACCCCCGCGUGGAUCUGUGUAACAAGCUAAAACGAAGUAUUCAAAGAGGACAGACGGCCGACAACUCCCACUGCUCUGUUUCGCCGGCGUCUGCUUUUGCCAUUGCCACGGCAGCGGCAGGACACGGAAGUCCACCAGGAUUUAACAACACUGAGAGGACAUGCGACAAAGAGUUUAUUAUUCGGAGAACAGCCACCAAUCGAGUCCUGAACGUCCUCCGUCACUGGGUCUCAAAGCACGCACAGGUAAUUCAGUGGGCCCUUUCACAAGACGAUCAAGAUGACAUCCACCUAAAAUUAGAGGAUAUAAUUCAACUGACAGACUGUCCGAAGGCUGAGUGCUUUGAGACCUUGUCAGCCAUGGAGCUGGCCGAGCAGAUCACCCUCCUGGACCACAUCGUCUUCAGAAGCAUUCCCUACGAAGAAUUUCUUGGGCAGGGGUGGAUGAAGCUGGAUAAAAAUGAAAGAACACCUUACAUUAUGAAAACCAGCCAACACUUCAAUGAUAUGAGUAACCUGGUGGCGUCCCAGAUAAUGAAUUAUGCCGACGUCAGCUCCCGCACCGUCGCGAUAGAGAAGUGGGUGGCCGUGGCGGACAUUUGCCGAUGCCUGCACAACUACAAUGGCGUCCUGGAGAUCACCUCAGCCUUAAACAGAAGUGCCAUCUACAGGCUGAAGAAAACCUGGGCCAAGGUGUCCAAGCAGACGAAAGCUCUCAUGGACAAGCUUCAGAAGACGGUUUCAUCUGAAGGAAGAUUUAAAAAUCUCAGAGAAACCCUUAAAAACUGUAACCCCCCAGCUGUUCCUUAUCUGGGGAUGUACCUGACGGACCUGGCGUUUAUUGAAGAGGGAACACCAAACUUUACCGAGGAAGGCCUUGUUAAUUUCUCCAAGAUGAGAAUGAUAUCACACAUCAUCAGAGAGAUACGCCAAUUCCAGCAGACUUGCUAUCGAAUAGACCAUCAGCCAAAGGUCACUCAGUACCUGCUUGACAAAGCCCUCAUCAUAGAUGAAGAUACGCUGUAUGAACUGUCACUAAAAAUUGAACCUCGGCUCCCUGCUUGAAGGUCCGGCUUCGCCCCUGAGUCUGUAGGAUUCUCAUGGAAAGCGGGACGGAUAGAACAGUGCAUGCCAUGCUUCCCACAGUGCCGAGAGGACGGGGGACGGAGCCAAAGGCAGUCUCCUCCGUGCACCAAAGAAGAUGGAACGGACCUGGAAUUCUGUCUCCAGCCAGGGAAGCCCAGCUGUUUGGGGUCAAAGACAGAUGCUUUCAGACUUGGGGUGGGAAGGCGAAAACAUUGAUCCUUGGUAGAGCUGAUGGUGUGUUUUUCAUAAGGGAAGGUCAUAGAGGAGGUGCAGGUAGCCAUUUUAAGGAAGCAGGUAAGAAGGUUGAUUUCAAAGCCUUCCCGUGCUCUGUUAGAACUCGCGGACGAGGAGAGUGGAAAAGGCCUGAGCGGUUUGUCUGGCACUGCACUGGCCUGGGUUCAUCUGCUAGUCUUCUCUUAGGGUUUAUAACUGCCUCUGUCAUAUUUUCUGUAUUACAAGCUUCCAGAAAAGCCGAGGCUUCCUCUGUAGGGAUGGGCCACCACAUGAGCAAUUUCAGUCUACAGCAUGUGCAUGGUUUUUAGUGCAUUCUAACUAUUUACGCUGGAGGAAUGGCAUGUUCUGAAACUGCUUUUUUGGUCUUUGGGCAACAGGGCAAGAAAGACACGAUGACAGCCACGUGAACGUAACUUUUUUAAAAGUAAACACUCAGUAGGCUUUGCCCCAGGGGAUUCCAGCCAGGGGCUGUCUUCAGGUCGGGUAGGGGCUUCUCCCUGAGGCUGUGGGGCCUGAGAAGCCAGUGCCCUCAAAGACGCAGGUGCAGAGUUUGCAGAGAGGUGCCCGCACACCUCACCCACGGAACUGUGGAAUGGGACGGAAGGCCACAAAGGGCCACGGGGUUUUAGGCUGAGUGACCAGACAUACUUAAAAGUCAUCUCUGCACCUUGCUGGGCUCCUUCUCCUCCACUCUCCCCACAGGAAUGUGGGAUUUUUUUUUCUGAUUUACACAAAUCAUUUUUACACUCACUAUGAAUACUGGUUGUAUUUUUUAAAACAUUGUUUAAUGGGAUUUUCUUUUUAAAACCCACACGUUUGUGUGCUGUUGGUAGACAGUUCUUCCCCGGUCAUCUUUGUUUUUAAAUAUUGGGAUAUUUAUGAGUGCAAAUAUUCUACGCGUAUGGGAGAUGGGACCAACCACUCAACAGCUCCUCUCUCCGAAGACUAAAUGCAGGGUGAGGCCUGCUACCUUGUGCUGGGGAAGUGACCUUACUUUCCCCAGGUUUGAUGGUUGUUGAAGAAAUAGGGCUAACUCACGUUUACCUCCCUCUUCUCUUCUCAGGGAGAGCUCUGUUUUAAAAGAAGAAAGAGGAAAAAUACAGAGUUAUUGUUACCUGAGCCUAUUGCGCCUGAUGGUUUCUCCUAGAGGCAUGAAGUAUAUUGAUGCUGACAUUGAAAAAAAUUGAUCUGUCUAGCUGUUUUCCCUCCUUCUUUGCACUUUAAUUAUCUUGUUAGAACUAAUGGCUGACUAAUAAAUUCAGCUUGCUGGCUCAUAAGGCCCAGUGGAAGCACUUGCGUUGAUAAUAUACCAUAGAGGUGGAGAAUGUACAUUUUUCCUGCAUGGUAAGGGCCAUCUCUGUACAUAACUAUAUAGUGAAAUACAAGUAAGUAAAAGAAAAUAUUUAUAAUAUUUUAAGACCAUUCCAAAACUAUUUUCAAUAGGUCAUAUUAGCCAACAGUGUAGCACUAAACCCAAGGAGGGUUACUUAUGAAUGCUCUCUUUUUCUUUUUUUAAGAAGUUGCUUGUUUGUUCUCUUUAGUUUCGAGUAAGAGGUUGAUGCAUUUCAAUGCAUGAUAAGAAGCAUGGGUUGUUUGGAUCCUAACGAUGCAUAACUUGCGAUUUAUUUCUCAGUGUUCACAUACUGAGGGUUUGAACUAAUAUAUGUCAACUUCACCAAGCACCUCAAGGUCUUGCCGAAGAAAAGGAAAAUAAAGCUUAACUUUUUUGGCUCAAAAACAUAGUCUUGGAAGGUGGACUAAAACCAGGAAAAAUCAGUGACAGGACCACACACAUAGUAGUUUCAGGCAAAACAACAUGUGGACAGGUCCAUGCGCUCUGCUUUGAAGUCUGCAAAGUCUUCCAGAGGGGAAGAGGUCAUUCGGUGUGUGGACCCUUAUUUCUCUGACCCAAAUAUUCCCAGAGGCACUAAAGCCCUUCUUACUAAAGAAAAAUGAGAGAGAGAGGAAUUUCCAAAUGCUCCUCCCCUUCUGGAGAGCCAGGGUUUCCUCAACUUAGUGACAAAGCUGUGUCGCCUAUUUCCUGCAAAAUGUUGGAAGCGCCCCCCAGUGGUCGGCUACGGCACCGUUAGUUGCUAUGGUGACCCUUAGAGUUUUCUUAAGUUGCAUGCCCCUCCUCCUUACUAGAGUCUGAAACCUUGCUGGAACUGCAAAAAGAGAGAACUCUACCUCCAAGGGAGCUCCUUUUGAUGAUCUGCACCACUUCUGGACCAUCUGGGAUAAGAAUGUGCAUUUUUAAAAAACUCAAUUUGGUCACAUUUAAAAUCGCCAAGAGCAAUUUGCAGUGCUUCUGAUUGUUAAAGCACCCAUCCUCUUCUGCCUUUCAAGUUUGUAUUUAUUGUUGGGGUGUGCACUCCCAGCUGUGUCUGCCCUUAUUCCAUUAUAUGAAACCCACUUCUAAGAGCAGAAAGCAGGCCAGCCCCUAACAACCAAAUAGCAAACACUUGCAUUAUUGCAAAAUUAACCUAGAAAAUCAGAAGUAAAAGCCAAUUUCAUGCUUUCAGAUGAAUGCCCACAUUUUGUACUGUCCAUGAAAUUAUCUUGGGACUUUUAGGGGAUGCCUUUGGUUAUUAACAUCCAGUUUUGCUGCAGGGACAAAUCUCUUACUUAAGCCAACGUAUUAUGUGACAGGUUUAGGCAUGAAGUGGAGUGUUGUCACUUUUCCUUAGUGUUUCUCUGAAGGAAUUUAAAGAGAGAAUUUUAAACUACGGUUGCAGUAUUUCAAGUGGCUCUCCCACAAAGCCCCCAUUAAUGUUUGUUAGAUUUCAUACAUCUUAAAGUACUGCUUAAAAACAAAUGAAACUCAUAGAUACUGAAUAACUUAGAAGAGAAAAAACUGUCACAUUCCCAUUUGGAGUAUAUGAUGAUGGGUUACUACCUCUUCUCUCACUAUACAAGACAAAACUUGGGUCGACAAUGACUGGGCCACUUUUUAAAUUCUUAACUAAAAAAAUAAUGCAAUAGAGGGGUUAUUCCCCCCUCCAGAAUAACUUAUAUUUUAAAAUAAAGGAUUUUAUUUAGCUUUUCUUUGCAAAGUUUGAUUUUAUUCCCCCUGGAAAAAAAAAAUCUUUCUCUUUGCUCUAAAGAUUUUUUUUAAUUCAACCUGUGAAGUUUUAUCAUAUUUACUGCUAUUGAAAUAGGAUAUACUAUAUAUGGGAUAUAUAUUACAUGGUGAAAUAAAUUAUAUAUUAUUUAUGGCUAAAGAAUAGAGCCAGGCUAAUGUCCACAGCCAGAAGGAAUACAUGAACAUGGUUCAUUUUCAUUUCAGUAAGACAGCCGAUUAUAAGUGUAAAUAAUGACUUGAUUACAGAUGCCGCUACGUGAAUCCUGAUAAUAAGACUUGAGUCAAUGAAAUCUAAUCACAGCAUCAUUUUUUUUCCCAUGGCUGUGAGUGACUUAAAAUCAAGAUAGGGCAGAGCUGGAGUAGAAAACAACCAUUUGGUUGUAGGUAUAAACACAGGGAUGACUGAGAAAAUUAUUCAUCUUGGCCACCACACAGCCUGAGAUUAACGUUAGUGUUGAUUGUACUUGAUCUCAUCUGCCCAAGAAAAAGAAGAGUUCUCCUGGAUGUUGAACCACUGUCUUUUGCACAGUCCAUUUCGUUUUUUCCCUAGAAAGGCAGUUGUGGAAGAGCCGGCCGAGGUGCCCUGGCCCUGAGCCCAAGGCCCGGAUGUCCAUCUGUGAGCUGGGAAACCUGAGGCCAGUGCUAAAGCCUCCUUGAGCCCGUUCCCUCAUCUGCAAAAUGGAACUAAUCUUGAUUCCUGUGCUGCCUACCUCACAGAGCUGUCUUCAGGACAAAAUGAGUUAGGUUGUAAACUGUAAAGUGCUGUCCAAAUGUGAGGUAGCGUGAUUGCCAUCCUCAUCUCUCUUUGGCAGAGAAUUAUUUAAAUGCAUUUCUUUGUUAUGUGUGUGUGUGUGUGUGUGUGUGUGUGUGUGAUGGACAGACCUGUGUGUUACUUUGAGAAGUAUAAUGUUUGUGUUCAGUAACUUUGCAAAUCUGCUGACGUUUGUGACUCUGACAGAGGGGUUUGUGCCAUGGCCUAACACUUGCCAGGUGGGGUGUGGUUUAUACCUAUAUGCAAAUUAAAUUUUGCCUUUCUUGGUUCUCGAAAA